AUGGGGAAAGUGGAGGACGUCUCAGCAAAUGAAGAAUGUGUCGUUAUAGCGACUGUUGCUGAUAGCAAUUCAUCCAAGUUUAGCGGGAUUGAGACGGGAGUCGUAUCUCAAGUUGUAGGGAAUCUGGAGAAGGAGGGGAUAGAGGCUGUCGAGGUCAGCCUCAGCGAGCGGGAGGAAGCAGGGCUCGAUGAUGUGGACGUUGCUGAAUAUGUUAUCGAUGACACAGUAUGGGAAGGAGAUCCAAGUCAGAUGGCCAACUCGCCAUACCCGGAUGUGAGAGAUGCGGUACCGGUCGGAGAUGACCCCGGCAUAGUUUUAAACCACUGGAGGACGUGGUUUUUGACAACGGUGUUUGUUGUGGUGUUUGCGGGUGUGAAUCAGUUUUUUUCUUUGAGGUAUCCGACUCUGGAGAUCAGUUUUCUAGUGGCGCAGGUAGUGUGCUUCCCUAUAGGUAAGGCGCUAGCCUUACUGCCAGAUUGGAAGUGUAAGAGGUGCUCAUUUUUCAACUUGAACCCAGGGCCUUUCACCAAGAAAGAGCAUGCGGUUGUGACGAUUGCUGUUGCGUUGACGUCUUCGACCGCUUAUGCUUGUUAUAUCUUGAAUGCGCAAGUGAGUUUUUAUCACAUGAAUUUGAACGCUGGCUACCAGCUGUUGCUGGUAUGGACUUCCCAGAUGAUAGGCUACGGCGCCGCAGGCUUGACGAGAAGAUGGAUCGUUAACCCUGCAAGCUGCAUAUGGCCGCAGACUCUGAUUUCGGUGUCGAUGUUCGAUUCUCUUCACUCUAGAUCUGUCGAGAAGACAAUUGCGAACGGCUGGAGAAUUUCGCGCUACAGGCUGUUUUUCUACGUUUUGAUUGGAAGUUUCCUAUGGUACUGGGUCCCAGGCUUCUUGUUUAAGGGUCUGUCAUACUUCAACAUAGUGCUUUGGGGCCCUAAAACUAGGCACAAUUUUGUCGUCAAUGCCCUUUUCGGUGUUAACAGUGGUAUUGGGCUGCUUCCGCUGAGCUUCGAUUACACUCAAGUCUCUCAAGCUAUGUCGGGAUCAGUGUUUGCUACUCCGUUCUGGGUAUCCGCUAACACGUAUGCAGCUGUUGGGCUUUUCUUUAUGAUCAUUUUACCAAUUUUGUAUUUUACCAAUACCUGGUAUGCAAAGUACAUGCCUGUCAUAUCAGGUUCCACUUUCGACAACACGCAAUCGAAAUACAACGUGCAAAAGAUUUUGAACCCUGAUUUUUCGAUCAACCUUGAAAAAUACAAGAGUUAUUCUCCGAUGUUUGUGCCUUUUUCAUACUUACUAAAUUAUGCUUUGAAUUUUGCUGCCGUGGUGGCCGUCUUCGUUCACUGCUUUCUUUAUCAUGGUAAAGAUAUCGUUCGCAGAUUGAAAGAUGAGAAUUUUGGUGGUAUGGACAUUCACAGAAGAAUAUACACGCAAAACUACAAAGAUUGCCCUGAUUGGUGGUAUAUUGUACUGCAAGUCAUAACACUCGGAUUGGGUUUCGCCACUGUUUGUGGGUUUGACACGCAUUUUCCACCUUGGGCUUUUGUUAUUGCCUUACUGAUUUCAUUCGCAAACUUUGUUCCACAAGGUAUAUUAGAAGCUAUUACGAAUCAACAUGUCGGACUUAACAUCAUAACUGAGCUGAUCUGUGGUUAUAUGCUUCCAUUGAAGCCAAUGGCUAACCUUCUAUUCAAGCUGUAUGGUUUCAUCGUUAUGAGACAAGGGUUGAAUUUGAGCAGAGACCUUAAACUGGCUUUGUAUAUGAAAGUUCCACCAAGGUUGAUUUUUGCUAUCCAAAUCUACGCGACCAUAAUCUCUGGAAUGGUGAACGUCGGCGUUCAGGAAUGGAUGAGAUUCAAUAUCAAGGGAUUCUGCGAUUCUGAUCAACCGGACGGGUUUAUUUGUGCAAACGGCAGAACCGUUUUCAACGCUUCCAUUAUAUGGUCAUUGCCUCAGUAUCUAUUCAGUCCUGGAAGGAUAUACAACCCUCUAAUGUGGUUUUUCCUGAUUGGGCUUGUAUCCCCAAUCAUCAUUUUCUUUCUACAGAAAAGACUUCCCAAGGUGAAUUUUUUGAAGUAUAUCCAUACACCAGUUUUUUUCACUGGUUCUAACAGCAUUCCUCCAAGCACGCCAUACAACUAUUCACUGUUUUUUGGAAUGUCCUUCGUUCUUUUUACGAUUAGAAGAAGAUGGCCUGCAUGGUUUUCGAAGUACAAUUUCGUAACAGGCGCUGGUGUUGAAGCUGGUGUUGCGAUAGCAGUUGUCAUCAUAUUUUUGUGCGUUCAAUAUCCCGGUGGCAAUCUGGCCUGGUGGGGAAAUUCCGUUUAUAAAAACACCUACGAUUUCGAGUCGCGGAAGUUUUAUACUCUGGCGAAAGGUGAAACCUUCGGCUAUGAUAAAUGGUGGUAA